CAUUGGUUUUAUUUUGGGUUCGGGGAUUUAAACCAUAGUCAGAAAUAGCAGAAUGAUCCAGUAGUUAUACCUUUCACUGAUUGUAAAGGAAGCAAUGUCUAAGUAGGGUAGACAAAUAAGUGCUUUGCUACGUUACCCAAAGAACCACAAAAAAAUAUCAGAAGUAGAAAUACGUUUGCAUGAUAUUUAACUUUCCAGCUCUUAACAGGUGCAGAAUUCUCAGGCCAGAGAAGCCUAAUCAGAGCUUUCUGGAGAAAACAGAAGGGCGAGGAUACUCAUUGAGUGAGGUACUGGAAGAUUUUUCAGAAGACUAGAGAAAAGGAAGUGCUGCAACGUUUAUCUAAGAUUUGUUUAUUUUGCUUGACUCUAACAACCCUUCUAUUUAAGGUCAGCGAUGGGCAGUUUGUUCCUAGUGCAGCAGGCAAUAGGUUGGUGUCGUGUUCGACUGCCUGUGAUUGUAACUAAGAGAUUCUGCACCAUGUCUUCUCAAAGACAUUGGAUGCCUCCUCCUGCAUCUCUACUACAGCCAUUAUCUGUUCCAAACAGAUUAUUACUAGGACCUGGGCCUUCCAAUUCUCCUCCACGGGUCUUGUCUGCAGGUAGCCGACAGCUCAUAGGACAUCUACACAAAGAGUUGAUUCAGAUAAUGGAUGAUAUUAAGGUGGGAAUCCAGUACAUAUUCCAGACCCAGAACCCUCUCACACUGGCUAUCAGUGGUACAGGCCACUGUGCAAUGGAAGCCGCCUUCCUGAAUUUAGUGGAACAGGGAGACAAAGUCUUAGUUGCUGUGAAUGGAAUUUGGGGAGAACGAGCAACUGACAUCGCAAGCAGACUUGGAGCUGAAGUACAUCAAUUGGUAAAGGCUCCUGGAGAAUAUUUUACUUUAGAAGAAAUAGAAAAGGGCUUGAUGCAGCAUUCUCCCUUUUUAUUUUUCAUCACACAUGGAGAAUCAUCUGCUGGAGUAGUUCAGCCACUGGAUGGCCUGGGAGACCUCUGUCACAGAUAUAAUUGCUUACUACUGGUAGAUGCUGUGGCAUCAUUAGGUGGCACUCCAAUACUUAUGGACCAGCAAGGUAUUGACAUUCUGUAUUCUGGCUCCCAGAAAGUUUUAAGUGCACCACCUGGUGCUUCUCCCAUUUCUUUCAGCAACAGAGCCAGGAAGAAGAUUCAUACUCGGAAGACAAAGCCAACUUCCUUUUACCUGGAUGUAGAAGAGUUAUCUUCAUACUGGGGCUGUGAUGGUAACCCAAGAAAAUAUCAUCAUACUGCACCUAUUAGCACAUUCUUCUGCUUGCGAGAAGCUUUGGCAAUUUUUGCAGAAAAGGGACUAGAGACCUCCUGGAAUCUUCAUAAAGAAAAUAGCCUCUAUCUCUGUGCAGGACUGCAGAAGUUAGGUCUCAAACUCUUUGUGAAAGAACCAGAUGCAAGACUUCCAACAGUCAAUACUAUCUUUGUGCCCGAGGGAUAUGACUGGAAAGAAAUAACUGAAUAUAUUAUGAAAAAUCAUGAGAUUGAGGUGUCUGGAGGCCUAGGUCCUUCAGCAGGCAUGGUUCUUCGCAUUGGACUAAUGGGCUACAACUCCACUAAACCCAAUGUUGACAGAGUCCUCCAUGCCAUGGGAGAGGCCCUCCAGCACUGUCUCAAAAACAAACUCUGAGUUCUUUCUACUUUCUCAUUCUUCAAGACAGCACAAAUAAUUAAUCAAAGUACUGGCGAGGCUUUCUGCACAAGUUUCUUAAUUGUAUAAUUCAAAAUUACAUAUGUAGUUAUAGCUUAUAUUUUACACAAGGAUAAAAUCGGUUUUCAUUUCAAUUAACUUUUACUGACUAAUGUAAUAAAAUUGCAAACUACUGUGGGA